AUUAUAUCGAUAGCGAUAAGAUGAAAUCGAUAAGGAACGCGUAUAAAAUUCGCAAUUCGAAAAAGUAAUACAGUCACGACCACUGUCAGUGUAUAGUGUUGUGUCUGAAAAUGCCUGAAUACAUAAGAAUCGAUAGCGAUUCUGCAAGUUCAUCAUGGGGUUCCCUCACAGGUUUGGAGAAGAAACUUAUACUCCUUAGCGUAAUACUCGGUAUUCUUCUGAUGGUUUUCAUGAUAUUAUUGGCACUUAGUGGAAAACAAUGCGAUACUCCUCCAUCGAACUCAACUACUAUUUCUCCACCAACUGGUUCUACCACUACUGUUCCUCCACCUACUGGUUCUACCUCUCAAUCAACAACUACGACAACGAAAGCCAGUUCUGUUCCAACAUCUGAACCACCUACAACAGAGGCCACAACAGAGGCCCCUACAACAGAGGCCCCUACAACAGAGGGCCCUACACCUACAACUGGGACUUCACCUGAUGAUUCACCCUCAACAAGUCAUAAAGCAAAGGUUGACGACGAACUGAAUAGCUGGUUUUAAUGAAUUUGACAAGAUAUUUUCGACCCAUUUUGAAUAAAAUGGAUUAUUAUUA